GCAGGGUCACAGCCUCAGGGAAGAAGCUCUUCCUGUGCCUGCUGGUGUGGGAGCGGAGGCUCCUGUAGCACCUACCGGAUGGGAGGAGAGUAAAAAGUCCAUGGUUAAGAAGCAGAAACAUCACACAAGAAAAGGCGAUAAAGGCUUCAUGAGCAUCCGAUUAAAGCCCUGUCAUCGCUGGUUGCUAUACAGACCAGCCAACGAAAGACACAGAUCAGGAAUGGGAGGGUCAAGCUCCAGUGAACAGGUGGCAGAGACUGAGACCCCCUCAUCCUUCACACAGGAAGAACUGAGCAAACUGACGUCUGAUUUUGAAACAGGUGGGGUGGAAAAAGUUCAACCACUGAUAGAGAAGAAAAUAACUGAGCUGAACAAAACAGAGCUUAACAUCGCAGUGACAGGAGAAACAGGUACAGGAAAAUCCACCUUCAUCAAUGCCAUGAGAGGACUUCGGAGCACUGAUCCAGGAGCAGCUAAAUCUGGGACGACAGAAACAACAAAGGAGCCAACUGGGUACUCACAUCCCACUCUGCCCAAUGUUCGCUAUUGGGACCUGCCAGGGAUUGGAUCUCCAGAAUUUCGAGCAGCUCGGUAUCUCACAGAAAUGAAAUUCAAAAGAUAUGAUUUCUUUAUCAUAAUUUCUGCUUGUCGAUUCAAAGAAAAUGAUGUAAAACUUGCCAAAGAGAUUAAACGACUGGGGAAAAAGUUCUAUUUUGUCCGCUCUAAGAUUGAUAUUGAUCUUUACAACACGAGGGAAGAAAAAGUGGUUAUUAAUGAAGAAGAGGAGCUGGAAAAGAUUCGGAGUGAUUGUGUCAGGAGGUUGGCAGAGGCAGGGUUUCCAGAUUCACCUGUGUUCCUCAUAUCCGGUAAACAGCCAGAACAUUUUGAUUUCUUUCAGUUAAGUGAAAGACUCGAAGGUGAUCUAAAUAAUGUAAAGAAAAUUAUCUUUGUCCUGGGCCUUCCAAAUCUAAGUGUGGGGAUAUUUCAGAGGAAAUCCAAGAUUCUGAAAAAAUGUCUCUGGAUGUUUGCAACACUCUCUGGGGUACUGGGAGCGGUCCCAGUUCCCGGCUUCUCUCUCGCUUGUGAUAUCGGUAUAUUGAUUGGAGCCAUUAUCCACUUCUGGAAAUGCCUGGGUCUGGAUGAUGCUUCUCUUCAAAGACUGGCCAACAGAGCAGGAAAACCUGUGGAAGAGCUGAAGGCGACAGCAAAAGGUCCAUUGCUGGGAGAAAUAACCGCAGCCGCAAUUAUGAUGUUAGGUUGUGGUGGUAGUGCUGCUGCCGUUUCGGCUGUGGAAAUUGCUCUCCACCAUGUCCCAGUCAUUGGCUCCAUUUUUGGAGCAGGCUCAUCAUUUCUCAUGACAUACAAGAUACUGAGUGCUGCACUGAAGGAUCUUACAGAGAAUGCAGAGAGAGUGGGGAAAGUUGCCUUUAAAACUGAUUAACUGAGCUGUACAAACUUCUACCCAGUGAGUUUAUAUCAUGGGGUGGUUAAUAAUUUGAUGGAAUCUAACACUAAAUCCUGCUGUAGUUCUACUCGACAAUGUUCAGUUCUAUUGCUUUUGUUCCAGGAAAUACUUCCUAUUCAUUACUGAAGGGGAUUCAGAGGGAUUUUCCAAUCUGCGGCACUUGGAAAACUGGUGCAAGAUUAACAGAGUGCUACUCUAUGAAUUAAACUUUACAAUUAAGCUACAUCUGCCUUCAGAAGUGUACGUGAAGGAUGUACCCGACAACAAUUGGGUUUAUCAGCUAACGACUUGUUUAAAAAAAGAACUGCACAGGCAAAAUGUUAGCUGAUAUUGGGUGUGGCGUAUCGAUGUCUGUAUCAAUUAAGAUGUCAACUAUUGGUUGGAAGAUCAAGUGCCACCCCAGCCAUCUGAUAUUAAAUAUCGGGAAGAAUAUCAGUCUGUGUUUAAUGCUUGUUGACCUGUACGGUUUCACUUACCUUUAAGAGAACUUCUUUAAAAAAAACAUCAUUAGAGAAUUAGGCGCAAACCUCAUGGCAAGAUCUGGAAUCAAUAAAGCCCUGCACAUUUAGUUCUCAUUUAAAAUAGUCAAACAAUUGUUGAUAAUUCUCCCUUCUGCAGGUUCUGUGAGUUUCGCAUGAACACUUACUCAUACAGCACAGCAAGUCAGAAUUAUUCUAAGUAGUUUAUUAAUACUUGUUAAUAAAUCGCAAUGCAAAAAGUAAGGAAUAACACAAAAUUUUGCAAGAUAACAGAAUAAAUUACAUGUUAUUGAAAUAAACCCAUAAAACUUUACAUCUCAAUUGUAGCUGUAAAUUAAUAUCAGGUCAUAUCCUUUUCAAUUCUGAUUGAUCUUAACUCAUCCUUCAUCAUCACUUGGAGGAAAUGGCUCUGGAUGACACCAGUGCUGUGUCACAUCCAAUAUCUCAAAAUAUUCCAAACUAUUUCAAAAAUGAAACUCACUCCUGUGAAUGUAUUCAAAGCACACCAUUUGUGAUUGUGCAAAUUACAUUCAGUCUUUUUCACUGCAAGUCCAGUAUUAGUGAAUUUAAUUAUAUGCCAUCAUCAAUAUAAACUGCAUUUUUUGUGUCAGUAGGGUCUAAGGACUGAAUAGGUCUUGCCCUAUUAAAUGCUUAUUGUCAUGACUGUUCUGUGUCAUUCCUCGUACAGAAACUCCAUGGUAAAUAGAGUAAUAAGUUGUCCUGCUUCUAUCUGAAUUAUUGCUUUCAUGGAUUCCCUCACCCACCUGGUGAAAAAUAAGUAAAAAUUUCAGUUGCUCGAAAACUGAAACGAAAAUCAGCCGAGGGAGAUGCUCACCAAAUCAGGCAGCAACUAAUCAAGAAAAGGAAAUUUCAUGAUCCAGGUCAAUUCUCGUCAUUUAAAACUGCAUCAAAAGUUUCCUCAAACAUUCCAAUGGUUCCUCCUUGUACAGCAGAUGGACACAGAAUCAACUUCAGUGCACUGUGUGAAAUAAUGUUGUUUAUGGUUGGCUACAAUCACCAAAACAACACAACAUAUUGUUGAAUCAAUGUAAGAAUACAGAGUAAAACAUUGAAAUAUGUGAAGUAAAUUCAAUUACUUUAAAUCUUGGCAAAUAAUUCAAUGCUCUCCUGCAUUAAUGAUUCUUUAGUUUGUGUGGGGAAAAUAGGUCAAUAUAAUUAAAGGAAACAGUAGACAUUAUGACAUUGAUAGUACGGAAUAAGCAUUGAGUGCUCCUAUGCUUUUUUUCACUGGACUUCAGUUUGCAGAGGAAUUAGCCAGCUGCAGUUUCGAUGUCAUGGACCUGCUUUACACUAUCAUCGUCAAAGGGGCUGUGAUCAAGAAUGGUGGCAUCAAAAACACAAGAGGUCCCACAGGUGUUGGGAAUCCAGAUUCACACACACAAAAUGCGACAGGAUCUGAGCAGGUCAGACACCAUCUAUGGAGAGGAAUAAUCAGUUGACAUUUAUUUGACUUCAUCAGAUCCUGAUGAAGGGCUUCAGAUCAAUCCCUCUUCAUAGAUACUGCCUGAACUACUGAGUUCCUCCAGCAUUGUGUGGGUUACAUUACUCCACAGUGCCAUCAAAGGAGAGAAAAAUGAUCUAGAAAAAAAAUCUUCAGAAAGCUUGUUGCAUUGGGAGUAACUUGUGGGAGCAUCUUACACAGCCCACUGGAACUAUUCUGCUUAUUUACAGAUUUGAACACUGGAUUGAUUAGGGUUGUGCUGUACUUUGUUCUUUCAUUAAUGCAAGUUCCAAAUGUGUGUAUUGUUACCUUAAGACAAAUUUACAUGAUUAAAACAGGUACAAAUGUAACCCAUUGGGGCUAAAGUUUUUUUGAAAUUCUCUUUUGCAGUGUAGUUUCAUCAUACCAAAUUAGAUAUCAGGCCAGUUGCUUCGUAUUUCAGAUUGCUGCCGGAUUGUAGUAUCCUGUGUAUAAUUAAAUUCUAGACAUACUAAAUUCUGAAGUAUUACUGAUGAGAAAACAAAUGAUUUAAAAAGGCAUUAAUUGGUUGGCCAUGACAACCCAGAAAUGUGUGACUUUAAGAAAUGCUAAUAAUUUAGCUUCUGUUUUGCCAUGGCGGGUUAAUAUUUUCUCAACGUGCAGUUAUGCCUAAAUAUUGCUUUAUGAAAUCCCCUUCUCUGAUUAAUCAUUAAUGAAAUAAAAUGUC